CUCCUUUGCUCUGAUUGGCUAAUUCAAUCUUGCCAUUAUGAUCUAGCCGGUAAUUAUUUAUUUAUUUUACUUUAUUAAUGUUAUUCUAUUCCAGAGUUCUGUAUUUUAGGUCUUAAAUUAUGAUUUUAAAAAUAUUCAAUAUUUUAUUUGCAGCCUCUAUGCAAUAUCUCCUAUCUAGCGCGUUUCCAAGCGUUCGAUGGUUGCUAAAUUGGCGUUCGUACGGUCCAAUCGGAGCACAGCUUUAAGUCGCGAGUGUCAGCACUAGCCAAUGAUCGCUCAGGAGGCGGGAUUUUCUUUCCAGUGCGCGUUCAUGCUUCACACACUUAGACCCCGCCCCCUGUUCGACUACAGGCAUUUGUAUGCUGAUGUGUCCGUAUUGGAAUAUGGAUGUGUCUCGCCAUCAGUCUCUAAGAAAAACACAAACACGAUGCGGCUACUAUGAACGCGAAAUGUCCUCUUACAGUUUUCUCAUCUGAGGUCAAUGGAGGCACCGCAGGACACUCGUCUAUAAGGAUCAAGCCUCGGUUUAUUCAGUGAUGUUUCUCUGAGUUAUAAAGCUGAUCUUCCUGAUUAUGGAAAAUAAAGAGUGAAAGUCGAAAACCUGCCAGUUCAAACCGCGAUCGACACCAGUGAAGUGAAGUAGAAUCCGAAGCCACGUCACGCCGUCGAGAUGUUCUCCGCUCUGAAGAAGCUGGUCGGGUCGGAGACCCCUGUCCCGCAGCGGGAGAAGAACAUUCCUGCUGGACUGCAGUCCAUGAACCAGAGUCUGCAGAGACGAUUCGCCAAAGGCGUUCAGUACAACAUGAAGAUCGUGAUCCGUGGGGACAGGAACACGGGGAAGAGCACACUGUGGCAGCGUCUGCAGGGAGGGAAGUUCCAGGAGGAGUACAUCCCUACGCAGGAGAUCCAGGUCACCAGCAUCCACUGGAACUACAAGACUACCGACGACGUGGUGAAAGUGGAGGUGUGGGACGUCGUGGAUAAAGGCCAAAAAAUCCCUCUUCCUGAAGGUGUAGGCAGGGGGAAGAAGAGAGCAGACACCCUGAAGCUAGAGAAUGAUCCUCAGGAGGCUGAGAACGAGAUGGCCCUGGACGCUGAGUUUUUGGACGUCUAUAAGAACUGUAACGGCGUCAUCAUGAUGUUCGACAUCACAAAGCAAUGGACUUAUAACUACAUUUUGCGGGAGCUGCCCAGAGUGCCGACCCACGUGCCGGUGUGUGUGCUGGGUAAUCAUCGGGACAUGGGCGAGCACAGGGUCAUCCUUCCUGAUGACAUCCGAGACUUCAUCAACAGCCUCAACAGGCCGCUGGGUUCUUCCUACAUCCACUACGCCGAGUCUUCCAUGAAAAACGGCUUCGGUCUCAAAUACCUGCACCGAUUUUUCAACAUUCCGUUCUUACAGCUUCAGAGAGAAACGCUGUUACGGCAGCUGGAGACCAACCAACUGGACAUCGACGCCACACUGGAGGAGCUGACGGUCCAGCAGGAGACCGAGGAUCAAAACUACGAAAUAUUCCUAGAGAUGAUGGAAGCACGUGCUAAAGGCUACAGAUCUCCCGGUGAUGCUAACGGUCAGAGCCCCUCGUCAGGCUCGCAGUCCCCCGUGGUCCCAGCAGGUGCCAGUUCCACGGGCAGCUCCAGCCCCGGGACUCCACAGCAACCCCCCGUCAUCGGGCAGAACCCGCAGUUACCCUCCACCUCACCGCCUGUGUCUGUGGAUGCUCAGAUUCCCGUUGCUCUGCCUCCAGCCUCUGCUCCGGCCCCGUCUCCCGCUCAGCAGCCGCAGAAACGCAGCUUCAUCUCCAGGCUGUUUGGCUCCACCGCCGCCCCUGAGACACCCACGUCUGUCCUCGAGACGGAGCCCUCAGCGCCCCGAGCCCCGGCCACGGUGCAGAGUGUGGACGACUUCGUGCCAGACGAAGGACUGGAUAAGAGUUUCUUAGAAGACAGCGUCCCCUCCGGCACCAAACCAGGCAUGAACACCCAGCCCCAGACGACCGCGGGGGACAGCGACAGUGAUGGAGAAGGGAGAGGAGGGAACCCCAUGGUGGCAGGGUUUCAGGACGACCUGGACCCUGACGAUGCUGCGCCCAUUCAGCAGCCCAGAUCCUCAGUCCCGAGUAAAGAUCUCAACAUCACCUUAUCCAGUGACGAGGAGGAGAUUGCAUCCAAGCCCGUCGUGGCUAAAGAUGAAGAUCUGGAUAUCCAGCUGGACAGCCAUCUGGACGAUUUCAGCUCUCUGGCGCUGGAGGAAAAACCCAAACUCGCGAAGCCCGUGCCUUCAGUCCAGCCUCCGAUGAUCACAGAGCCUUCGAUCCUCACGCCGACUCCUGUGCAUAUGACACACACUCCACACACACACUCGCCUCCCAAACGGGGGAAAGUGAAAGCGCCUGCUCCUCAGGGCGACACCUCCGAUACAGACCCUGAAGCUCCUGUGGCUCAGCAGAUGCUCUCCUUCGUCAUGGACGACCCUGAUUUCGAGAGCGAGGAGGAGCAUGUGCAGAAAGACAAAAAGGACGGCCACCGUAUCAGGUCUGACCUUCCCGACCUCUCGGACGAAGAACUCGUCCCUGCCGAGCCGCUCAAGUCCUCGGGCCGCUCCUUCAAACACAAGAACGACAGCGAUCUUUUCGGCCUGGGCUUCGAGGAGAAAAGCAUCAAGAGCAAAGAGAGCAGCGACGAACAAGACGAAAAGGAAAGCAAGCACUCGACGAAAGAAAAGAAGAAAAAGAAGAAGAAGAGUAAAGAGGACGAAGAGAAAAGCAGCAAGAAGAAGAAACACAAGAAGAAGGAGCGCGAGGAGCCAGAAGGAGCCGGAGAUGAGAAAGAGAAGAAAAAGAAAAAGUCCCGGAGCAAGAAAGCGGGCGAUCUGGACGAUCUGGAGGCCUUCCUGGCCGGAGGAGAAGCGUCGGAAAAGAGAGAGGAAGGAGACUACGAGGAGCUCUAGACGAUGAAACGCUGCGUUUUUGUUUUUUGUUUUAUUUUUUUUAAACCUGCACUACUGGUCUCGACACUUCAUCGGCAUUUCAGCAGCGCAGUUCUGACCGUGUGUGGUGUGUGUGGGUGUGUGUGAGAGUGAUGUUCAAAGCCACUCUCGGGCUCUCGCGUAUCAUUUCCACUAUGGAGGAGGGAAGGGAAAGUAGACUCCCGUAACCCCGGCUGCAAUAAGUGGAGAAGCCAUUGAGAUCUCCUGCAUCCUGCAUGCAACUUUUCUCCAGGGUGAAGUGAAGAUUCGACUGGCUACUUGCUUUUCUACUGUAUCUGCCUUUUCUUUUUUUCAUAUCCACUCCAGAAGCGAAACCACUCCCCAUUGAUUUAGUAGCUGUUUUUUUUUUUUUGUAGGCAUGUGCUGAUAAUACCAGAGGUUUGUGGUAUAUUUCACAAUAUUGUUGACUGCAUUCCUACACUUCUGCAGUUCAUGAAACUUUUAACGUCUGUUACACAAUACAGUCUAAAAACGAUGAAAAACGCGUAAACUUUUGGGUAUUCAAACUUGCGUAUGUGGAAAUUCCGAGCGAAUCACGUUGUUUUAGUUGCAAAGUGACUUGUACAGGACUCGCAGUAAUAAUUCCUCCCGAACUCGAUGCAAUGCCGAGACACUAGCAUGCGUCCCUGACACUUAAUGCUUAAGAAAUUUCCAGAAAUAGAUACAUGCUUUAGGCUUCCUUAAUGUUAUUUGCUGCAGUAGCUAACAAUCACAUCUUCAGCCAUAAUGACAUAGACACCAGAUGCAAACAACAAGGAAGGAAGGAUCUAGGAAGAUAAUCAGUAGCAAUGAUUCAACACUAAAAGUAAAGGCCGAGUCCUGGGGUACACCUGUUUUUUAUUUUCUUCACACUGAUUACUACGCUUAAAUUUUCUGUUUCUGAUAUUCGAAAUGUUGCACUGUAGCACGUAAUACAAUAUCAGUUUAUUCUGCGGUAAAGCUUAGGAUAAAUUUCCAACCUCCGAUUAGGAAAUUUUUUUUACAAAAACACCUUUUCCAGCAAGUAACGUCAAAUCAAAAAAUUAAUUAGCGCUUCUUAGCUUUAAACGAGUGCUACGUUUAGAUCGGUUAACAUGCAGACAGCAUCGAUUGGUAAAUCGACAGCACCGUCUCUACAGUUUCUUGUUUUGAGAUGUCGCUCACACUAGCACUGUAAUGUUAACCGGCAAGAUCGUCGCUAACAAAAGACAAACAAAUGAAAUCCCUUCACUUUGUAGCCUAAAUAAAUGAUUAUAUUGUUAUGUUAAGUGCGUCAUUAUGUGCUUGAAUAUUCAGAAUGCAAAGAGUUUUCCAGUAAGUUUAUGUAAUAUUUUUAUAUUUUUUGUUUUCUAUGAAUAAAUCCUGACUAGCGACCGUGACAUUGUGAAAAUAUCAGGAACUACAGCGUAGUAUCGCACAUGCCUACUCAGUCAUAAACGCAUGACUCUUUCCUCAUCGGUGUUUGGGGCAUGGCUUAGCGUUCUUUUCUUAUGUUUAGUUUCGGUGUAUAAUGUAGGUGAUGUGUGCUGUGUACUGUAUUUGUGCCUGUGUAUAUCUCUUAUUUUUCUCCAUUUUUCCAAAAAGACUUUCUUGUAGAUUUCAUUUGGAAUGAUAUGAACUUGCGAUUAUUAUUUUUUUUCUUUAAAUGCGAUUCUCUGCUACUGGUUCACGUAUAUUGGAAAAAAGUUUUAUCGGAAUCGUUCAGCCAAAACGUCUUUACUUGGGAUCGUCGCUAGUCGAUCAGCCGGGAGAAAAUGAGCUUCUUUAGAUUUGCGAUGUCGCGGCUAACGGAGAAAAUCACACACAAUGUUACUCGUAUCACAGCUGAUGUACAACUCCGCGUAAGCACGCCCCCUAAAAGGUCAGUAUACGACAGCUAGCUACGAAUUUCUUUUUAUUUUAUUUUAAAAUAGACAUCACCUCAAGCACUUGUCUGGCGCUGUAGCUAGACGUGGCUUCACUUAUCUGUUAGCGACUUCGCAAAGCUAAAGAAACCAACAGAACAGACUAGACGUUUCUUCGGACGUUUUUGGCUGAACUUGUUCGGAAUUCACUCAGCUCUCAGGUUGGUCGCCAUUUUGAAAUGUCUGUGGAGGUUUUCAGGCAUCCGGGUCGUGUUCAAAUCAAUGCAACUGCACUUCCUGUAUAUAAAUAUAUUUUUCGUCAUUAAUAAACGAGUCUAACGGGAAUUCUUCAUACUACCAAACACCAUAACAAGCAAGUCCCGCAAAGAUACGAGAAUUUGAAAUAGUUCCAUCCUCCGAUGAGAUUUCAGACGUCUCAGUCGUACUCGAUUAGCCGAGAUGCGUUAGGUUUAGUUUUGCUAACGCAUUUAUUUCCCAAUUCACAUGGUCGCUCUGAUGUUCACACUUUUUUCGUCCGCAUCCAUUUCAUUGCCAAUUCCACUGCAGGCUUUAUUAUUCCGGCCGUCCGAGACGGCCGCCUCGAUAACAUUUCAUUAUUCAGCGUUUAGCUACGCAGUGAAGUGUUUAAAAGGUUAAAAUAAUGCUGAAUUGUUGUUACAGUUUUGGAAGUUUUUGUGUUAAGGUGCGCCGCUAGACAUCCUGAGCUACUUCCUGGAGUUUGUUUACACAGAACGCGAGCAGUGUUUUGAGAUUUAAUCCCAAAUGCUUUCAUUCAUGACGAUCCAAGGAGUAAACUCUGUGUUCAAUUGAUUUGCUUAAUAAUCACAGGUUGAUGUGAAGGUUUAUACGCAAUUGUAAGGUUUUUCAUUUAUUUAUAUAUAGGUUUAUAGGUUUUUGUUUGUUUAUAUCCGAUUAUAAGCCACGUCCACUAGAUGGCAUCAGGUUUCCAAAACAAACUCAAAUUCCACCAUUUAAACAUCGUUCCUCGUUCCAUCUCCCUCGCCGUCGCCUUGACUCUCGUCAUGAACCCUAAAUCUGAACAUCUAACACUCUCUCGACUUUGCAUUCAUUUACUAAUCUGGAAGCACACUAAAGGUUUAAUUAAAGCAGAAAACAAUACCACAACGAACGCAUGUCGGCUGAUCCGCUAGAUCCGAGUCGAGUAAAAGGAGAGGUUUAUUAUUAUUAUUCCUUUAAACCUCGAACCCCCCCCCCCGCAGCUGCUUUAGAGAAGGUCUGGAAAAGACGUCCAUGCAAUAAGUCCCGAGAAUCGGUCACUGCAGUUUCAAAGACAUUUCCAUUUCAGAUGUGAUGAUUUUCUCUUUCUCUGAUUUUCAGAUACACUGCUGAGGACCAGUGGAAACUUUUAUUAUUAUUAUUAUUAUUAUUAUUAUUAUUAUUAUUAUUAUUAUUGCUUUCUUCCCUUAAUGCUUGAGACCAAACCUUAUUAAGUGCAAUGAACGUUUCCUUGUUUUUGUUUUUUUUUUUCUUCUCCUCCCCCCUCUCUCUCCUUCUAUUUUCUAUCUUCUUUGUCGUUUUUGUGUUGAUUUGUUUUGAGCGCUGUGUACAACACUUCAAGAGACUCGAGAGAGAAAACUGUGCUACUCCAUGUUCAUACGGCUGUAAUUCACCGGGUUUGAGUGUCCGUCUCGGCGUGGAGCUCGGACUCUUAAGAUAAUGGAUUAAAAAUUACCGCGCACACACACAUACAUACACACACAUACAUGGCUUUGGCUUUUGUAAGAAACAAACUGCACUUUUGAACAGACCCCACUCUCACGACUGGCUUCCUGUCUGACUUCAUACGGCGUUAAACUGUGUGCGAAAAUGAAACACAAAUAUAGCACGG